AUGAAAACCAUAAUCUUCCUCGGUUUCCUAGCAGUCGCACUUGCCGCUCCCCAAGGCAAUGAGCCCAUUCCUAUAGUAAAACAAGUUAGUGAAAUCAACCCUGAUGGUUCCUACUCUUAUUCAUACGAAACCGGUAACGGUAUUAAUGCUGAAGAGAAAGGAUCCCUUAAAAACAUCGGCGGUGAAGAACCCGCGUUGCAAGUUGAAGGCCAAUUCCAGUACCCCAGUGACGAUGGUACCAAUAUCCAGCUGUCUUACACAGCUGACGAAAAUGGAUUCCAUCCCCAAGGUGCUCACCUCCCGACUCCCCCUCCAAUCCCAGAGGACAUCCAAAAGGCUCUUGCAUACCUUGCCACUGCCUCUCCUCAGCCUGAAAACUAA